AUGUCGCCAAAGGACACCGUCGUCUACCCGCGCAUGACGAAAAAGCCUCCCUUUACCGUCGAGGUUCCUGGCGUCGAACCUGUCCCUGGAGAGACCAUCCCCCGUCGCCAUCCCGCCGCCAGGGAUGGCCUCAUUACGCGACCAGCCGAUGACCUCACAACCAUCUACGACGCCUUUCGUCGCUCGGCGCGCGUCUACGGCAAUGCCAAGGCAGUGGGCAGCCGUCGCCUCAUCAAGACGCACGUCGAGACUAAAAAGGUGAAGAAGAUUGUUGACGGAGUCGAGCAAGAGGUGGACAAGCAGUGGACGUACUUUGAGAAGAGCGCCUACUCCUACAAGAGCUUCGUAGAGUAUGAGAAGCAGGCGCUGGAGCUUGGCAGUGGUCUGCGGAAGCUCGGACUUACGAAAGUCGAUAAGCUUCACCUCUACGGUUCAACUAGCGAAAACUGGCUGGCCAUGUCGCACGCGGCCGCCUCUCAGUCCCUGACCAUCGUUACCGCGUAUGAUACCCUCGGCGAGGAAGGACUGUCGCACUCUCUGGUGCAGACCGAGAGUAGCGCCAUCUUCCUGGAUCCCGCCCUUAUCAACUCGUUGACCAAUGUUCUGGGCAAGGCGAAAUCCAUCAAGCAUGUCAUCUACAACUCCGCCGAAGACCUCAAGCAGGAAGACUUGGACCGGUUGAAAAAGGAGCACGAGCAUGUCAACAUUAUAAGCUUUGAAGAUCUGCGCAAGUCGGGCGAGGAAAACCCCGCGGAGCCCGUUCCCCCGUCUCCAGAGGACGUGUGCUGCAUCAUGUACACAUCCGGCUCUACGGGCCCGCCAAAGGGUGUACCUCUUACUCACGCCAAUGUCGUUGCCGCAAGUAUGUUCUCUCAAAUCGAUCUGCCUAUAUUCAAGCUAACUGUAUAG